CCCACCAAGCGCCACCAGGGCAGACCGGAAGUGACGCAGGCGGAAGGGGUGUCGGGCUGUGCCAUGGCCCAGGAAGCGGUUGGACGGCCGCCUGAGGAAACCCUGUCGCUCUGGAAACGGGAGCAAGCCCUGCUGAAGGCCCGCGUGGUGGACCAGGACACGGAGGCGUGGCAGCGGGACCCCGCCUUCGCCGGGCUGCAGAGGGUCGGCGGCGUGGACGUGUCCUUCGUGAAGGGCGACAGUGUCAGAGCCUGCGCCUCUCUCGUGGUGCUCAGCUACCCUGAGCUGGAGGUGCUGUAUGAGGACAGCCGCCUGGUCCACCUGACGGCCCCCUACCUGUCCGGCUUCCUGGCCUUCCGGGAGGUGCCCUUCCUGGUGGACGCGGUGCAGCGGCUGCAGGAGAAGGAGCCCAGCCUCAUGCCCCAGGUCCUCCUUGUGGAUGGAAAUGGGGUGCUCCACCCCCGAGGCUUCGGGGUGGCCUGCCACCUGGGCGUCCUCACGGACCUGCCCUGCGUCGGGGUGGCCAAGAAGCUGCUGCAGGUGGACGGGCUGGAGAAGGACGCCCUGCACAGGGACCAGAUCCGCCUCCUGCGCGCCGGCGGGGACUCCUUUCCUCUGAGGGGCGGCUCCGGGGCCGUCCUGGGCAGGGCCCUGAGGAGCCACGACCGCAGCACCAAGCCCCUCUACGUCUCCGUGGGCCACAAGAUGAGCCUGGAGGCGGCCGUGCGCCUGACCCACAGCUGCUGCCGGUUCCGGGUCCCAGAGCCCGUGCGCCAGGCUGACAUCCGCUCCCGAGACUACAUUCGCAGGACCCUGGGCGGCCCCAGGCCCCCCGCCCCCGGGCAGGAGAGGAAGGCUCCGAGGCCAAAGGUGUGGCCCCAGGGAGGCCCCGAAGAGCCCCCGGGCGAGGGCAAGACCCCCGAGGCCCACAGCCCAGGCCUCAGGACACACCCGGAAGCCCCCGACCUGGGCGCCCAGGGGCAGUAGGACCAGGGCUGGGCGCGGAGCCCGCCGGACGCCCUGGAGAGAGCCGCCCGCCUGGCGCUCUGGCCUCAGAGCAGUCACUGGCCCGGGCGCCUCCGCAGGGGCAGGACCGGCCCCAGCAGCUGGUGGUGCGCUUGGACUCAGACACGGGCCGCGCGCGCCCUGCUCCCAUGGCUGCGCUGUCCCCGUCCACGGUCACGAGGCCUGGAACAGCCUGGGUGAGGUCCACAGAGACCUCUCAGCACAGAGCCCAGACCCGGGCCCAGUGGCUUUCCCGGGGGUCACGGGAGGGGUUUUUUUUUUUUCCUCAAAGUGCCUACGUGGUCCUCGCCAGUGUGGCUCAGUGGUUGAGCAUCGACCUAUGAACCAGGAGGUUAUGGUUCGAUUCCCGGUCAGGGUCACAUGCCCGGUUGUGGGCUUGAUUCCCAGUGGGGGGUGUGCAGGAGGCAGCCGACCCACGAUUCUCAUCAUUAAUGUUUCUCUCUCCCUUCCCCUCUAAAAUCAA